UUAGACAUCAAUUAAUGAUUCUAGGCUAAAAAUGACAGACAUUUUGAAUUAUAAAUAUAAUUACCUUGUUUUCAUGGCUGGGCUGGAACAAAAACGGUGCCGCGACGUCUAUAAAUGGGGGUUUCCAGGGUAAAAUGGGCAAAUUAAAAAUAGUUCGGGGGCUUAAUGCGCCAUGAAUCUGCUAUGGCAGCAUGUAGACAUAUUGUGCUAUCAAACACAACAGUUGUUUUGGCUUAAAAUAAAGCAGUUUCUUUUAAAGAGGAGUGGAAGAGCAGAAAGUGCUUUUUCAGUCUUGUCUGUGUUUUCCGCCAUAUAAUAUCAUACAUUGUUUUACAACCGUUAUUUUUCUGCUGUGCCAAUUGUAUUUCAUUGUAGUAGUGCGAGAGGAUAAUUCACUGUAAACUUCCGGUUUCGGCACAUACUUCCGCUACAUUCAAACAAAGAAUACCUGCCAUCACUAACACAAGCCUACUGCUAAUAUCCCUUGGUGUUAAGGGGAAAUAAUAGCGUUUUUUAGUCCAGCAUUCUACUUAGGAAGUGUGUAAACUAGUUGCACUACGAGUGGUGUGUCUGAAUAUUAAAACGUGACCAACAGCCUCACAAGUGGUUUUAUUGUUACAUUUUGAAGUUUCGUUUUUACACGAUGCUUUUGAUGACUUUGUUUAUGGCUCAUAAGUGUCGACCCAGCAACAAGGUAAGUGGAUUACAGAUUAAAAAAAAAAAAAAGUCCGAUAGCACGUGUUACGCUAUUUGUUAUGGUUUCAUGACGUGAAAUGUACAAUUUGACGUGGACUUUACACUCCUUUUAAAUAUAUAUUUUAUUGAAAUAAACUCCUGUCUAUAUUGCUAGCUUACGAGCUAGCUUGGAGGAGGAGUGGCUACCUCUUGUAGCGUAUUUCCUCUUGGGUGGAAUCAAAGGGUGGAGGAGAACAAGAGGAGUCAUGUUUACGUUCUUGAUUUCCUCCCAUUACGCCUCUUUCUACGAGUCACCUGCUGGCGAGGUCUCGGCGGAGGCUGCGGUCGUCGGCGAGCUUCACGGGGGCGGGCGUCGGGCUCCCCGCCUGAUUAGCCGGCUUGUUUCUGUCAGCACUUUGGAGUCGUCGUCAUCAUCAUCAUCAUUACAUGAGCUCGUUGACAACCCGCAGACAUGAGCGGCAGGCUGGAAGACCUCAGCCCCAAACAGGCUGAAGCACUGCGACAGUUGCGGGAGAGGAUUCAAGACGUUCUUCCUCAACUUCCUGCCCAACAUGACCACUUCCUGCUACGAUGGCUCAGAGCCAGAAACUUCAACGUGCAAAAAUCAGAGGCAAUGUUGCGAAAGCAUGUGGAGUUCAGGAAACAAAUGAAGGUGGACACAAUCAUCAGUGACUGGCGGCCACCUGAGGUGAUUGAGAAGUACCUAUCCGGCGGCAUGUGCGGCUACGACCGUGGCGGCAGCCCAGUCUGGUACGACGUUAUCGGGCCUGUGGACCCUAAAGGUCUUUUCCUGUCCGCCUCCAAGCAGGACUUCAUCCGCUCCAAGAUUCGAGACUGCGAGAUGCUGCAACGGGAGUGUGCCGAGCAGUCGCGGAAGCUGGGCACCAACGUGGAGGCCAUCACAAUGAUCUACGACGUGGAGGGCCUGGGACUCAAACACCUCUGGAAACCGGCCAUCGAAACUUACGGAGAGAUCCUUCAGAUGUUUGAGGACAACUACCCAGAAGGCCUCAAGAAGCUGUUUGUCAUUAAAGCUCCCAAACUCUUCCCUGUGGCCUACAACCUCAUCAAACACUUCCUGAGCGAAAUCACGCGGCAGAAGAUCUUCAUCCUUGGUGCCGACUGGCAAGAGGUGCUGCUCAGGCAUAUCGACCCCGAGCAGCUGCCGGUCAUUUACGGCGGGAAAAUGACAGACCCGGACGGAGACCCUCGCUGUCGGACAAGGAUCAACCACGUGGGUCCGGUUCCUACUUCGUACUACGUGCGGGAUCACGUGUCGGUGGAAUACGAUCAGUGUUUGACUGUCAGCCGGGGAUCCACAAGACAACUGGAUUUUGAGAUUCUCUUCCCGGGAUGUGUACUCAGGUGGCAAUUUUCCAGCGAGGGCGCCGACAUUGGCUUUGGGGUCUUUCUGAAGGCCAAAAUGGGCGAGUGGAAAAAGGCGGCUGAGAUGGAGGUGGUGGUGCCCAGUCAGCGUUACAACGCUCACCUGGUGCCCGAGGAUGGCUCGCUGACAUGCGAGCGCCCCGGCAUAUAUGUGCUGCGAUUCGACAACACGUACAGCAUCUUCCAGGCCAAGAGGAUAAGCUUUACGGUGGAGGUUUUGCUGCCUGACCGCCUAAAGACACAACAAGACCCCGCAACCACUUCGUCUAGUCAACGAGACAAGACAACCAACGACCAAUCGUAGCCCAGCAGUGAGAAGAAAAGUUUUACUUGAAUCACACCAAAGAGCUGAAUGUGUUUUUCCCCCCGCCAAAACAAUAGUUGGUGGACUUGUAAUUAUUACCUCCUGUAAGGAUGUUAUUAUCACUACAAUAACAGUAUUAUAAUAAAAUGAUAAUUGUUUUCUAGACUGGAUUGGUUUGUAAACUUUCAAAUGUCAUGCAUUUUACUAAUUUAACUGGGAGUGGGUGGAAGCAAUUGAAUGGAUGCCCCGUCCAGUUGAAAUUAAACUAACUACCGUGGCACGUCGACUUACAAACAUCUCUACAUAGUUUUCAGUUUAAGUUUACAGUUACACAGUUUACAGUUAACUCUUUUAAGUUUACAGAGUUUUCAGGUUAAGACAUGCCUCAAUGGGAAAAUAUUGCUUGGUUAUGGAAAAAAAAAUCAGGAUAUGAACGGCAAAAAUACAUUAUGACUGGUACUCGCAGCUCCUAGAAUUUACUGAACGUAACAUACUUAUAGCUGCUCUGCCAUUGGCUAUUGCCUAACAUUCCUGGCAUCCAAUGGGGCUAAGAGGGACCUUUACUGUAUAUCUCAGCGUCCUCUUCAUUCGCCCUCGUGCAUGUUCCAACAGCUUUACAUGAGCGUGUUACCGUAAUUUUCGCACCUGACUAUAAGCUGCAGUUGUCCUUACUGUAUUAUGGGAUAUUUACACCAAAAGUUAUUAACCGGUAACACUUUAUUUGAUAGUGGCAUCAUAUGACUGUUUUCAACGAAAUGAACCAUCAUG